CUUCCGCUUCCGGGGCACCCAGCCGCCACUCGGCGGCUCGCCUCCGCUAAGGGUUUCAGGGUGUUGCUGCGCUUGAGCUGACCUUUGACCUUAGUAUGCUACCUGGACGUCACUGCGGCGGCGAGCUGGCGGCGGAACCGGCCCUCUCCGGGUGCAGUCUCGAGGAGACGUCCGGACUCGGAGAGCCAGCCACCUUGAGAAAAAGCGACUAGGCGACAGCCUGCGGGAGGACUCGGCGAGGGGGCGGGGCGAGGGGGGCUUCUGCAGCCGCGAGAGGCGGGAUCCCCCUCAAGGGGCGGGGCUUAGCGGCUCGUAUCCCCCCCAGGGGGCGGGGUCUGGCUGCGCGUGCUCAGUGCGAACCUGUUCCUGUCCCGCCUUCCCGCUGCGCCAUGGACUUUGGCUCCGCUCGGCGAGCUGUGCUUCAGCUGCUCCGGACUACGGCUCCAGCAGAUGUCCCGGCACUGCUCCACUGGAUGAGAACUACCCGGGACUUCGAUGAGUUCACUCAAGAUAAUCAUGACGUCAUGUUGAAGAACAUAGCCGAGGACCUUCGCCGCUGCUUGCCCCCCGAGGCCGUGCUGUGCUCGGAGCAGCUAGCCCUUCAGAAAAUGCGACAGCAGCCAGAACCCACAGUUCACGUUGAUGCGUUCCUUUAUGAUGAAGACGUCAUUGACUCGUUGUGUGAGGAAGGAAAAAUGAGCAGAAACUACUGUGCUGUGUGUGGCUCUCACCAGACAGUGCCUCUGGGAUUUAUCUCUCAUUCCUUCUCCCUCAUGGAGCUGAAGUUCAUCUAUCACCAUGUGCUGCCCGACCUGGCAGGAAAGCUCUUGGUUGACAUUGGCUCCAGACUUGGCACAGUCCUCUAUGGGGGAUAUCUUUACAGCUCAGCCGCACAGCUCUGUGGAGUAGAGCUGAAUGGAGAAUUUUGCCAGUUGCAGGAAAUGGUCAUUAACAAGUACCAGUUCAGUGACAGAAUAAAGGUGCUUCAUGCAGACAUCCGCACCCAAGGCUCCCUUCUGCAAAGUGCCGAUGUCAUUGUGAUGAACAAUGUCUUCGAAUAUUUUCUUACUGAGGCUGAACAGGCCAGUGCCUGGAACUACAUCAUCCAAAAUGUAAGGAAACAAGGGUCACUCUUAGUGACCGUGCCAAGUCUCCAGGAUUCUCUCGUAGGUAUUGAGAUUAAUGUGCAGCUGUCUUCCUGGGUGGAAGAGAUACCACUGAACCUCGAUGUGUACCCACAAAAGGACAUUGACAGAGAAGCUCUGGAACAAAUUCAUUUAUAUAAAGUUCUCUAGCACUGAAGCAACAUCUCUAAUGUGGUGUUAACCCUUCUGCUUUGUGUAUUCAUUUCAAGUUUUAUAUGUAUGAUUAUGUACCUGUAAAUAGUUGCAUAUGGUUAUCCAUAUA